UACGGCCGACGCCAACUGGCUCGAUGCGCCGGCCAUCUGUACGCUCAUUUGGCUCGCUCGGCCGUCGACGACUCGCGUCUCUUCGGCCCGUUGGCCGGUCGACAGACGGUCGAGUUGGACGAUCGUCUCAUCAUCUCGUUUCCCAUUUGCCGCGAGGCGGGACUCGACGCCGCGCCCGGCACUCGGCGUCACUCCGACCGAUGCGUCGCCGGCGCGGUGCCGUCGCAACUGGUGCUCGUCGUCGACCGGGCCGACCCGGCGUCACGGCGACAAGUCGUCUCGGCGGCCACUCCGCUUCGGCCCGACGGACUGGCCGUCUGCGCCUCGAGCCACUCGACCGAGUCGGCGUGGAUACCGACCGGUUGUCGCGUCUGCGCGUUCGUCGAGCAGCCGACCGUCUGCUUCUGGCUCGGUCGGAUGGUCUCGUUCACCGGCUUCCUCGGCGACGUCGACCUGCUCACCUCCGGCAUCCUCGCCUAUCGGCUCAGUCUGUGGACGCGCCAGUGCCCUUGGCUGCGCGGCGCCGUCUGGGAGGUGCCGACCGGCUCGAGCCCGAGUCCGGACGCGAGCUCGGCGCCGGGCGCCGCGGCCGACGAGACGGCCCGGCGAGCCUGGCGCAGCGUUCGUCUGCGAGAGUUGUUCGACGCCAAUCGCCUCGUCCGAGCCCUGCUCCACAUGAACGGAGGCGUCAGGGACGACACCCUCGAGGAGGGAUGGAAUCUGGCCUACAUGAAACGCGACGGCAUCCGGCGCCUGUUGACCCGCAGCCAGGCCGUCGUGCCGACGCAGCCGGACGUUGGAAGCGAUCGCAGUCGUGGCUCUGCCUGCUGCUGCUACUGCUGCUGCUGCUGCUGCCGAUGCCGAUGCCGAUGCCGACGCCGAUGCCAAUGGCAAUGUAGAAACCGAGGCCGAGGUGAAACCCUACGGCCUCAUGAGCCGGUCGCUUCGAGAAGCGACGUCGAUGACGAUUGCUUCAGCGGGAACAGCACCAGUUGCUGUGCCGAUUGUACCCAAUCGCAGGAGGCCUCCGACACCCUCUGCUCCGAGUCACUGCGGAAGCCAAGCAGGAGGAGGUCGUUCGCUUGA